AUGCAUCUGCCCAGUGCUUCUUUUUCUAAAAAAAUCUCAGAAGACAUUGUAUUGCUUCUUGAUUUGCUACAAGAAUUCGAUACACUUCUCCGAAGAGGUGUUACUUCCAGUGAUCUGGAAGAAGCCUUCAAAUCUGCUGACCAUGCUGUAGAUGAAAGUAUAAAAAAUUCUACAGCUUCUACUCUGCAAAAGAUCAGGGUCAACUGCCUGGAGGUUUUGUAUAGACUUCAGGAGGGACUGCAUCUUCCAAAUCUUUGUUCAAGUAAAGAUAUUAGAGAAUUUUGCUUGAAGAAUGCAUUGCUUUUGUUUUCUACAGCAUCAUCUUCAUCCAAAUUGUAUUAUGUGGAGAACAUGCGAGCUCUGGACGUGUUGGUGAUCGAUGAAGCCGCACAGUUAAAAGAAUGUGAAACACUGAUUCCUCUACAGCUCUCUGGAAUACGACACAUUAUUCUUAUCGGCGAUGAAUGUCAAUUACCUGCACUGGUGAAGAGCAAGGUUUCGGAGAAUGCACUGUUUGGAAGAAGUUUAUUUGAGAGGCUAGUUUCUUUGGGAUAUGAGAAGCAGCUACUCAAUGUCCAGUAUAGGAUGCAUCCUUCAAUAAGCAGGUUCCCGAAUGCUAAUUUUUACGAUAAUCAAAUUUCCGAUGGUCCAAAUGUUAUCGACAAGAAGCACACUAGAUGUUUUCUCCCUGGGCCCAUGUUCGCUCCAUAUGCUUUCAUCAAUGUUGAGUUUGGAGAAGAGGCUUCUAAUAAAUCAGAAUAUAGCAAGAAAAAUUUGGUUGAAGCAGCAGUUAUUUCAGAAAUAAUCAGCAGACUUUUUAAUGAAUGUAAGAGAACUAAUGAGAGAGUUAGCAUCGGAGUCAUAUGUCCUUACAGUGCACAAGUUUUUGCAAUCAAAGAUAAACUUGAUAGAGCAUAUAACAUGCGCGAUUGUUUUUCUGUAAGAGUUAAUUCAGUUGAUGGAUUUCAGGGUAGUGAGGAAGAUAUCAUUAUAUUUUCUACUGUAAGGUCCAAUUCUGAUGGAUCAGUUGGAUUCCUGUCGAAUGUUCAACGAACUAAUGUUGCAUUGACAAGAGCAAGGCAUUGUCUUUGGAUUAUAGGGAAUGCGGCAACAUUAACAAGCAGUGGCACAGUGUGGAGUAAACUAGUGCGUGAUGCGAAAAACCGUGGUUGCUUCUUUAAUGCACAGAAAGAUAGGGGUAUCAUGGAUGUUAUAAUUAAAAAUUUGCCUGAGAUUGACCAAUUAGCUGAUUUGGUUGACAUUGAUUCCUUGAAUAUCAGUGGGGUACAAGCAGGAUCUUAAGAAUAAAGGUGAAGUUUUGGGGUGAUAUUUCUGAAUUCUCUGUAUCGGAUGAAAGUUUCAAUUGAACUGGACCUGAAUUUGAUCCCAGAAAAUUUGAUCUCUCUGCUGCUUCCUCUGCUUUUUUAUUACUAUUUUCGG